AUGUAUCAGUUAUUUGUUGAACCCGAGGAAAACCACGAAGAAGAAUCGGAUCGCAGUGAUGACGAAGAAAAUGAAGAAGUUGAAGAUGAACAUGUUGUGGAGAAAACUUUUAAAUUCGAUGACUUUGCUAAAAGAUUGCUGAAUCCAAAGAUAGUUCGUGCCUGUGUUGUAGUUCUAACUGAUUGGGAAAAAAUACCAACGAAAUCCCUGAAAGCAGCUGUAACCAUUCUGCAUCGCAUUGCCUAUGGUUGCUCUUGUCCGGCCAUGCUUUAUCAGGCCAAAUUAUUCCGCAUAUUCCAAGAGGUUAUGAAUGCCGGUCGUGAUGCCCAUCACGAAGAAUUGCGACGUCUGGGUAUAUAUGUUGUUCGGAAAUUUGUUGAAACGGCACCGAAAAAUCCAAAAAUCUAUGCCGAAUUGUUAUUCUACAAGAGUGCCAAGGAAGCCAAUGAACUUGAAACGGGUUAUUGUGAUGCCUACGAAUCUGGUACCAAAGGCACAUGGACCGAUGAACAGGAGGCUGAAUUGCGUUUUCUAUUUGAAGAAAAUCAACGAAAUCCUGAAACUGACAAGGAUGUCAUUGACUGGAUUUUGGAGAACCUCAUCGAUAAGACCCGAACUCGCCGCGGCGUGUUGAAGAAGAUGAAGGAAAUGGGUCUAACAUUUAAGGCCCCAACAAAGAAAUCUACAGCCAGUGCCCAGGCCAAACAUCUAUGGAAACCGGAAGAGGAUGAAGAGCUGCGCUCACUCUAUGAUCAAUAUCGUACGGAAGAUGAUUGCCUUCAACGUAUCCUAGACGAGUUCGAGGAAAGACGCAACAAACAACAAAUUAUAAAGCGUAUGAUACAGCUGCACAUUAUUGCAGAUAAAUCGGAAAUUUUGCCACAAAAGCCAAGGAAGCGUAAAUCGAAAAAGAAGAACGAUGAGGACGACGACAAUGAUGAGAGGGAGAAUGAGGAAUAUAUGAUGGAGGAAGAAGGUGUGAAAUCUUCAGCCUCAUCGUCUAAGGCCUCCAAACGUAAACCUGGCAAAUCACAAAAACGGAAAAUUGUACGCACUCCCCUUGAUGUGGGUACGGUUAGGGCUCUGCUGGGUCAAAUUGAUGCUGAGAAAUAUCAGGAGGCAAUCGAUUGGCUUAAGGAAUGUUUGGAUGAUGCUGCCGACGAUGAAGACGAGCCCAAUGAGGAAGAUGAUGGUGUGCCAUUGUUGCCAUUACAGGCCCAUCAAAAAGAGGCCAUGGAAGAUGAGAAUUUCAAAAAGGUCUUGGUGGCUUUGGGUAUACAACCACCCGUUUUGGGUAUGGAGACCUAUUGGCGUAUACCAACCUAUUUGAAUGCAGCCGAUUUGAAGUUGAGAGCCAAAAUUGUUGCCGGCGAAGAGGUGGAAAUUGAUGUGGAGGGUAUUGGAGAUGAAGAUGAGGAGGAUAGUGAGAAUGAUCGCGGAAAUGAUGACGGUGGCAGUGAAAGCGAGGAAGAUUACUUGGAAUCUUUGGGUACGGCUAAAGAUCGUGAAAAAUUGGAUAAUUUGGAAAAGAUUCGCGACCAACAGAGGGCAAAAAUGAAUAACUUGAUGUUUAGCAAGAGUGAUGAGGAGACCGAGGAACGUGCACCCUUGCAGGCCAAGCAAAAGAAAAAGAAGAAGGAAACCAAAGCCGAAAAGAAAAAGAAGAAGCCGGCUAAAUCGGAAUCAGAAGAUGAAGAUCCCGAAUUGGUGAAUAAAAUUAAAAAGAAAUUGGAUAAGAAACGUCGUAACUACGAUUUGAGCAGUGAUGAGGAUGGCAGCGAUGGCGAGGACACUUUUAAAAUGCCCGCUGAGAAAGAGGUUGAAAAACCUAAUACCGAAGAUCUGUUCGAUCAGCUAAAGGCCAAACGGGCUAGCAGUAAAAUUAAACUAAGCGAUAUGGUUGAUGAAAAGAAAACUGCUGCGAAAAAUAAGGCCACUGCUCCUGGCGAGGAUGAUGGCGAUGAUGAUGACGAUUUGAAUUUCAAUUCUGAGGAUUAUCGUAAACGUUUGGCUGAAUUGGGCGAUGAUGAUGAGGAGCAGGAGGAGAAUGGAGAUGCCGAUGCAGGUGUAGAUGGAGAUGAACCAGAAGAAAAAACUAUUAUCAAUCGUUCUCGUCGUGCUAAUGUAAUUGAAUCCGAUGAUGAUGACAAUGGCGCUGAUGAUACUAACAAGAAAGUUAAUCCCAGUGACAAUGCCACUAAAAAACGUCGCCGUUCUUUAGAUGAUGAUGGCGCUGAGAAGGAGGACGAGGACGAAGAUGAGGAUGCCAUGUUUUUGUCACGCAAAAAACCCACGGCUGAUGAAAAACUUGCUGCUGAAACUGGCGAGGAACCAGCUAAACGUCGUCGCUUGGCCAUUGUCGAUGAUGAUGACGAUGAUUAUUGA